AUGCUAGAAGAAGGCGGAUUUAUCAGAAAACCUAGAACCAGGCGGAAGCGGAAGAUAGACUACCAAGAAGAUAGUGAUGGAGAGCUUACUCAGAUCGAUAAAGUUGAGGAUGAGCAUGACGAUGAAUACAUGGAACUAGGUAAAGAGGAUACACCCGUUGUGAUAGAAUCUAAUGAUGAGAAGCCGGUACUGGAAGAGCUGACGGAGAUCAAAAGCGAGGACGAUGACGACGACGACUUGCCUCUUGCCAAAAGACGCAAGGCCAAGGAAGCUACCUCAGAAAAGCCGCCGCGCAAAAGAGCUACUCGAUCAAAGGCAAACGGAGCAAAGAAACAGACUAAAAAAGAGGCUAACGCUAAGAAACCUAAGACUACACCAUACGAGAGAAAUACUGCACGAUUGUAUGAAAACCAUCCUGAGCUGAAGACAGUCUUUACAAAACUGGCAGACGCUCCCGUGUAUAAGGCCAAUAGGGCUCCUCAACCAACAGGGAUGACCAUCAGGUUACUUCCUUUUCAACUGGAAGGGUUGCACUGGCUUAUAACGCAAGAACAAGGCAUUUACAACGGUGGCGUUCUAGCCGAUGAAAUGGGGAUGGGUAAGACGAUCCAGACUAUCGCACUUUUGAUGAACGAUACCUCGAAAAAGCCCAACUUAGUUGUAGCUCCCACAGUGGCGCUGGUCCAGUGGAAAAAUGAAAUCGAUCAACACACCGGAGGUAAGCUUACGACUCAUAUCUUCCACGGUGCAAAUCGCUCUACAAAUAUAGGGGAGUUCAAAGACGUUGACGUGCUACUGACCACGUAUUCCGUGUUAGAAUCUGUGUUUCGCAAACAAAACUAUGGGUUCAAGCGAAAAAACGGUGUUUACAAAGAGCCAUCAGUUCUUCACAAUAUGAACUUUUAUCGAGUUAUUUUAGAUGAAGCUCAUAACAUCAAGGACAGACAAAGUAAUACUGCCAAAGCGGUCAACAGCUUACUUGCCGAGAAAAGGUGGUGUUUAUCCGGUACUCCAUUGCAAAAUAGAAUUGGUGAGAUGUAUUCGCUAAUAAGGUUUUUGAACAUUGAUCCAUUUUCAAAAUAUUUCUGUACCAAAUGUGACUGUGAAUCGAGACAGUGGAAAUUCAGUGACAACAUGCAUUGUGAUGGGUGUGCACAUGUAAUAAUGCAACACACUAAUUUCUUCAACCAUUUUGCGCUGAAGAAUAUUCAGAAGCACGGUAUGGAAGGACCUGGUCGUGAAUCGUUCAAUAACAUUCAGCUGCUCCUGAAAAAUGUUAUGCUGAGGAGAACUAAAGUCGAAAGAGCAGAUGACCUGGGUUUGCCGCCAAGAAUUGUGACGGUGCGACGCGAUUACUUCAAUGAAGAAGAGAAGGACCUGUAUCAAAGUUUGUACACAGACGUGAAGCGAAAGUUCAGUUCUUAUGUGGAAGAAGGUGUUGUGCUUAACAACUAUGCGAAUAUUUUCACUUUAAUCACGAGAAUGAGACAACUAGCAGACCAUCCAGAUCUAGUUUUGAAAAGAAUGAAAAACGGCCAAGGGUUUGAUGACAGUGUUAUAGUAUGUCAACUGUGUGAUGAUGAGGCAGAGGAACCCAUAGAAUCGAAGUGCCAUCAUAAAUUUUGUCGUCUUUGCAUCAAAGAGUAUACGGAGUCAUUCAUUGAAAAUAUCGAAAAGCUUACUUGCCCUGUUUGUCACAUCGCGCUCAGUAUCGAUUUAUCACAGCCCGCCUUGGAAAGCAACGACAGCGGGCAUAAGAAACAUAGUAUUAUAAAUCGACUGAAUGUCAAAGGCAACUGGAGAUCGUCGACAAAAAUCGAAGCUCUAGUCGAAGAAUUGUACAACUUGAGAAGCGAUAGGAAAACCAUAAAGUCUAUUGUAUUUUCUCAGUUCACAAGUAUGCUAGAUCUAGUGGAAUGGAGGCUGAAAAGAGCAGGUUUCAAGACAGUAAAGUUACAGGGUAGUAUGACCCCAACACAGCGUGACCAAACCAUUAAAUAUUUUAUGAAUGACAUCCAUUGUGAAGUCUUUCUGGUGAGUUUGAAAGCUGGUGGUGUGGCCUUGAAUUUGUGCGAAGCAUCGCAGGUUUUUAUCUUGGACCCAUGGUGGAAUCCAAGUGUGGAAUGGCAAAGUGGAGAUAGAGUUCACAGAAUUGGUCAAUUCAGACCUGUUAAAAUAACAAGAUUUUGCAUCGAAGACAGUAUAGAAUCAAGAAUUAUAGAGCUUCAAGAGAAGAAGGCUAAUAUGAUUCAUGCGACAAUAAGUCACGACGAUGCUGCCAUCAGCAAGUUGACCCCUGGCGAUUUACAAUUUUUGUUCAACAAUUAG